UACCUACUGUGUAGGUAGGUAGUUCAAGCCGCCCCUCUCCGUAGCCCGGCCCCUCAGGUGUGUGUGCACCUUCCCGAAGAAGCCUACGCUCCUUCCUUUCCCGUACCUUUGCCCGAUAUCUUGGACCGUUGUCAGACGCAGGCCUACCGAAUGCACGCGCCACACCGGUUAAAAAACACACCACCGCCGACUUCAACCGCACGCCCUUCCUAUUACAUGGACAUUCAAUGAGUCCAGACUCACGCCCUGCACAUUUAUCUAACAGCGUACUCAUCCUAGGUAGCGACACGUAGCUUAUGUAUCCCUUUAGAGGUUCCAACAAUCUAGACCACAUAACCAAAAGCCACCUCUCUUCAGCAUCCAAAUAAUUAAAACACAGCAAUACCGCGCAGCCUUCUUACCAUCCCAACAUGGCCGCCGACAGCGUCAACUUCCGCCUCGCAACGAAAGAAGACGCAGUCCAACUCGAGCGCCUCAUCAACACGGCCUUCCGCGCCGACACAACCGCCCAGGUGUUCCUGUCCGCCGACCACACCAGCGUCGACGUCACCGACGCCGCCAGCAUAGCGGCCAAGAUCGCGCAGCCCGACUGCACGGUCCUGGCCGGCACCGACGCGGACGGCGCGCUCGUGGCCCACUGCAGCGUGCGCAGGCUCGACGCGGACCGCGCCUGGUUCGGCCUGCUCGCCGUCGACGUCGGCCGCCGCAACCGCGGCCUGGGCGGCCGGGCGCUCGCGUACGCCGAGGACUACGCUCGCAGGGAGUGGGGCGCCGCGAGGAUGGAGUUCGACGUCGUGUGCACGCGCGCGGAGCUGAUCGCGUGGUACGCGCGGCGGGGGUACCGGGCCACUGGGGAGACGACGCCGUUUCCGUACGACCGCCAUGGUGAUUGGAGGGGGGUUUUGAGGGAUGAUCUGCAUUUUAUUACCUUGGGAAAGGAUCUAAGUGAAGUCCCUGCAGCAACCGGAGCUGAAUAGUGCUGGUGUAGGAUAA